AUGGUUAAUAAUGAAGACGAUAAUGUCAAAAAUUGGGCUGAUCAUGAUAAACACUUUUUCAUUCUUAGCAGUGCUGGCAAACCCAUAUGGGCAAGAUACGGCGAUGAAUCUCAACUAUCUACCUUAAUGGGUGUUAUCCAAGCCAUUAUAUCUUUUUUCCAAGAUAGCGAUGAUACCAUAAAAUCUAUUCAAGCACAACAGCAUCAGAUUGUUUUCAUCAUAAAAGGGCCUUUAUAUUAUGUUGCUGUGUCUAGAACUGGCGAAUCUGCCACCCAAUUGCGUGAUCAGCUACUGUUCUUACAUAACCAGAUCCUCAGCGUUCUCACUAACGCUCAACUCACAAAGAUUUUUGAGCAGCGUGUCAAUUUCGAUUUACGUCGACUGUUGGGCGGUACUGAAGUGUUUUUAGAAAGUCUGUCCGAUCUCUUCAGCAAAGACCACAGCUUUAUGUUGAGUGGAUUACAAUGCCUACGAUUAUCCAAAACAGUACGCGAACAGAUAGGCCAAGUAUUAGCAACCGGUCGAGUGAAAAAUAUUUUGUAUGGCAUGAUUGUAUGUAAAGGACAGUUAGUGACAUUAUUACGACCGAAACGACAUAGCCUGCAUCCGUCGGACUUACACCUACUAUUCAACAUGCUGACGGGAUCCACGACUUUUCACCACACAGCAGAAUCGUGGACGCCCAUUUGCUUACCUAAAUUCAAUGCAAAAGGGUUUUUACACGCCUAUAUCUGUUAUAUAGAAAAGGAUGUUUCCAUUGUCGUGAUAAGUACGGACAAAAACAACUUUUUUGAGAUUAGUGAUUGGAAAACAAAGAUGGUGGAAAAGCUGAUCUCGUCGCAACCAUUGAUACAACAAACACAGCACAAAAGACAAGAGAUAGAAAGUCAGCAGCAGCAACAGACGCAGCAACAGUCAACUCUUCCUCCAUCAUCAUUAUUAAGUCAGCUGAAGAUGGAAAGUUCUUACACAGUCGCAGAUACUGAGAUACCAUAUUUAUUGCAUUUCCUGUAUAAAUCAAAGACCUAUAUUCAAUUCACUACACCUACUUUACAACAGCUAGAAAAUCAACACUUAGACAAACUAGAUGAAAUCAAUACAUACUAUUUUAAAUUAUAUCAACUCGUUUAUGAUAGAAUGCAUCAUCGAUCAAGACCAUUGAAAUUGUAUUAUUUCCAUUCAAAGAAAGAAACAGUAUUGGGAUGGGUAAAAACCAAAAAUAAAAAAUACGUAACCGUUUAUUCCUUAUGUACAGUUGCAAAUUAG